CCAGGCCUCCGCCCAGUCCACGUCGCGCGGCGCGGGCAGCCACAUGUAGCCGCGGGGGCAGCAGGCCACGCUCCCCUCGCGGCCACCAUAGGCGCGCGCCCCUGACCUGACGAGACGAUCGAUCGAUCGCGCGCCUUCUCCCUCACCUCUCCGGCCUCCUAAUUCCUAACGUGUCCGCCUCGUCCCCCACCCGUCCCCCACCUCCUCGCGCGCCCUCUGAUCUUUUUCCUCCUCCUCCCGCGCCCCUCGCAUUAUAUCGCCGUGCUAGGAGCCAGCCAAGAACCGGUGCUGCUCCACUAGGUACGGAUCGGCCGGGCCACCGCGGGGGUUUCUUGGUCGUGGUGCUUGUAGCUCGGUCGAGAUCGGCUGCAUGGCGUCCUCCGGCGACGUCGAAGCGGCCGUGGAUGCUGUGGAGGUGGAGCAGCCGGCCAAGGCAUGCGACGGUGAAACCAGUUCGCCAGCGACGACCACGACGGAAGAGAGCGAGCCGGUGCGGCAGGAGCAGCAGCAUGAAGACACAGAGUCCGACGCCGAUCACCAUGAGGCGGUGGCGCCGCCAGACGAGGCGGCCGCGGAGGUGUCGGCGUCGGAGGAGCCAGAGCGGCAGAAGCCGAUGGUUGCGGAGGAGGAGGUGGAGCCCGAGGCGGCCGCGGAUGAUCAUCAGGAGAGCACGCGGGAGAGGCUGAAGCGGCACAGGCGGGAGAUGGCCGGGAGGGUGUGGGUGCCGGAGCUGUGGGGGCAGGAGAAGCUGCUCAAGGACUGGGUGGACUGCGCCGUCUUCGACCGCCCGCUGGUGCCGGCGGGGCUGCCCACGGCGCGCCGGGCGCUCAUCGCCGAGUGCUGCGGCACGCGCCGCCCGGACCGGACGUCGCCGGCGUCCUCCGCCGGCUCCAGCCCGCUGCGGGUGCACAACGGCUGCUCCUGAACGAGUGAUCCUUCCUCUCCACCUGCUUCCAUUAGCCUAGCCUGGGUGAUCAAUAAGCCUUCUUUUUUUAGCUCGAAUAAGACAUCCUUCUUGUUUCUUUGAGUUGUGAGAAGGUCUUAGCCUCUCGUGUUUACUUUUCUGAUCAUGUGAAUUACAUACAAACUUGAUUAGCUUAUUACCAACACCGCUGAUAAUUCUGAGAUAACGUACUAUCUGUUUAAAGUGAUCGACGAUGAAUGCAUAUAGUUCUGUUGUAACA